AUGUCUGCCUUCGGUCACCGCGAGGGCUGGUUGGAGGCCGGAGACUUUGGCCUCAAGGCUGCCGAAGGACCGGAAUACCAGUCUCUGUGCAAAGCUAAACUCGUAUUCCUGGGAGAGCCUAGCGUAGGGAAGACAUCCAUCAUCACCCGCUUCAUGUACGACAGCUUCGGCUGCACCUUCCAGGCAACUGUUGGAAUUGACUUCUUGUCUAAGACCAUGUGCUUGGAGGACCGAAUGGUUCAGCUGCAGCUAUGGGACACAGCUGGCCAGGAGCGCUUUCACAGCCUGAUUCCUAGCUACGUUCGUGGUUCAACUAUCGCAGUGGUUGUCUAUGAUGUCACAAACAUCACUUCUUUUAAGGAGACAGAUAAGUGGGUAGAACAUGUUCGAGCAGAAAGAGGUGACGAUGUUGUCAUCAUGUUGGUGGGUAACAAGAUUGAUUUGAAUAGCAAAAGACAAGUCACUGCAGAAGAGGGUGAAGAAAAAUCCAGAAACCUCAACGUGAUGUUUAUUGAGACCAGUGCCAAAACCAGUUACAAUGUGGACAAGCUAUUCCGGCGUGUGGCUUCUGCCCUUCCUUCCACAAGUACUUCACCUGUACCGAAAGAGGGGCCAGUUGAAAUCCAACUGGAGCCCUUCGAGGAGUCAGGCAACAGAAACUACUGUUCCCAGUGACAGCUUAGGGUUUCUCUGCCUCAUUUCAUGGGUUUCUUGCAUCUGGGCUUGCCACACCAGUUCUCCCCCACCUCGUUUUAUGAUACAUGGCCGCUUACUGGCUUCCAGUUCCUAGCCUUGGGGUAAAAACGGAACCCCUGACAGUGCUAUCAUAUUUUUCUGACUGCAUCUCACAGCUACUGGGCAGAAGCUUCUUGCGGCACCUGGCAAUUCUACCUUACUUUCUCAGAUGGCUAAAAUAUAUCUAUAGAGAAUACAGUUCUACAGCAGCUGACAUACUUCGAAGGCAGAUACAAUUCAAUCUCCACUGUUUGUUGUUGUUUUUCACCUACACCCUCAAUAAAUGACUGGUCCUUUAACCUAA